GUAAAGCCAUGGAAGACGGUGUGCUUGAAGCCAUUCACUAGAUUCAACACCGGUGAAGACCUCUGCCUUCAGGACCACAACAUGGAACAAUGGAUUCCACCUCUACAAUCAUCUUACACUGAGAGUACAGAGAGACAUGGAGUCAUUUGGAUGAGACUGCAAGAAGCCUGAUCAUUGGAAGCACACUUACUGUACAUGGAAUUAGAUGCAUCUUUGAUCGUUUUUAUGUUUUGGUUAAUUGCUGAAGGGUAAAAAAAAUCAGGAUGUCACAAGGCUGAAUCUGGUGCGAGCCAAGCAGCCAUGCUGUCCAAAAUAGCAGUGGGUCUCAUCCUGACCCUUCUAAUCCUUCUGACCAUCAUCGGCAAUGUGCUGGUGUGCCUGGCGGUGUGCGCUUCACGACGCCUUCGCUGUCAGACCAACUGCUUCAUCGUGUCACUGGCGGUGACCGACCUUCUGCUCGGCCUGGCCGUGCUGCCCUUCUCGGCCCACCUGCAACUCACCGACGACUGGCCGUUGGGCCCGGUCUUCUGCAACUUCUACAUCUCCAUGGACGUCAUGCUCUGCACCGCCUCCAUUCUCACGCUGCUGGCCAUAAGUAUGGACCGCUAUUUGGCCGUCACAAUGCCGCUCAGAUACAGCUCCCUGGUUCUGCCUUGGAGAGUAUUUGCGGCCAUGGCGAGCGUCUGGACUGUGUCGGUGGCUGUGUCCUUCUUGCCCAUCUACAUGGGCUGGAACACAGUCAACGGGACAGUGCAAAACUACGACCGGCGGACUCCCGAGAGGACGUGUCGCUUUGAGCUCAACAGGCCUUACGUGCUGACCGACUCGCUUCUCACCUUCUAUCUGCCCUUGCUGGUCAUGUGCUGCACUUACCUGAGAAUACUUCGCAUCGCACGGGCACAGAUCAAGCGCAUCGUCAGUGCUCGGCCCACGUGCGUCACCACCUACACGAGCCACCAAUCGGCCGUCACAACUGUCCUCUCCAGUGUCCCGGCAUCGGCACUGCGGGAGCACAAGGCCACAGUGACACUCGCAGCAGUGAUAGGAGCCUUUGUGGUGUGCUGGCUACCUUACUUCAUCCUGUUCACGACGCUUGGCCUACAGGAAAAUCCCGACCCUAACAAAGUGCCAGAAUUUUCCAUCGUGCUGUGGCUGGGUUAUGCCAACUCAGCCCUCAAUCCCAUCCUCUACGGAGCUCUUAACAGGGACUUCAGGUCCGCCUACACGCACCUACUGAGAUGUCGUUGGCCGACAUACAGUGGGUGGAGGAGCAGACAUACUUCUGCCACCGAAAAAAUAGCAGGCAGAGAACAGCUCAUGGAGGUCACGCUGCUGUGUGGACACGCAUCUGCCAGCUGCAGGGCGGGUCAAACUGUUCACAACUUCAUGCCACAAGAGACAAAUAACAGGACUAACACAAGCAUGACCCAAUUUGUUAAGGGCACAACUGACAGCGAUGUUGAUGGCAGUUAAAAGGUAAACUAAUAUGCUCUCUGCAAUGCGGACGAUCGUUGAUAGUCACCACCUAUGUGAGCUGACUCAACCUCUAGUCAAUCACAGGGCACAUUAUAGAAGGCACCCACAGUCACUGAGUGAAAACUGA